AGUGAAGAGUAUUUUAAACCGUUGUGGAACCGUUUGGCCUUCAAUACCAUCAGCGGUUCACACAUCAUGAGACAAGUUCAAUUAGUCUUGCUGAUAAUUUACCUUGCCCAACAUGGUGCCUGGGCCCAGUCGACAUCUCAAGAACGUUCCGCCGUAACCUCGAACUCACUCGAAUGUGCAGACAUAGGAAUGAGUAUGCUCGAUCAGGGAGGAUCGGCAGCGGAUGCAGCCAUUGCUACCCUGCUAUGCGAAGGUGUUUCGAUUCCGCAGAGCAUGGGAAUCGGUGGUGGAUUUGUGCUUACGAUUUAUACCAAAGCAACAGGACUCGUUGAGUCAUUAGACUCGCGCGAGGUAGCACCGGGCGCGGCCAACAAAACGAUGUAUGUCGGCAAAGGGGAUGCUUCCAUUGUCGGUGGAUUAUCGAUAGCGGUACCUGGAGAAAUCAGAGGUUAUUGGGAGCUACACCAAAAAUAUGGAAAACUGCCCUGGCGGUCACUGUUCACCCCGGUGAUUGAACUAUGCACAAAGGGUCCUCUAGUAUCAAGCUAUCUGGAGAAGAUACUGACCUCACAGAAGGCCAAGAUCCUGGGUAUGCCAGAAUUAGCCAAGCUGCUAAUUAAUCCCCUUACGAAUGAUACCUACAAGCAAGGAGAUAGAAUCAAGCGGCCAACGCUGGCUGAAACCUUCAAAGUGAUCGCAGUGGAAGGAGCAAAUGCAUUGUACGCCCGAAAUGGUACCCUUUUGCCCAAACUAAUGAACGAUCUGCGCAGCGUUGGAGCAAUUUUGACGGAAAACGAUUUCUACAAUUAUCGCCCCGAAUGGCUUAAGCCGGCUACGACGAAACUAAAGAAUACCUACAAUCUGUACUCUAUGCCCCUUCCGGGAAGCGGUCAGGUUUUGAGCUACAUGCUCUCCAUCCUCGAUGGCUACAAGGACCUGAAGGUGAAUGAUCCGCUGACAUGGCAUCGGAUUAUCGAAGCCUUCAAGCACGGUUACGGUUUGCGCACGAAGCUUGGCGAUCCCCGCUUCGUCCCGACUGUCAGUGCAGUGCUACAGAAGAUGACCAACAAAAACUACGUGGCUUAUGUACGAGAUUUGAUCCUCAGUAAUACGACGUUCGAAAACUAUGAUUACUAUGGAGCGGACUUUGCGUCGACAAACGAUUCGGGAACAGCGCACAUAUCCGUACUCGCAGGCAAUGGCGAUGCAGUGGCCGUUACCAGCACUGUCAACUACCUGUUCGGCUCGAUGGUAGUCUCACCCUCGACGGGCAUCAUUCUCAAUGACGAAAUGGACGACUUUUCAACACCGGGCCUGAUCAACGCGUAUGGCUUGUCGCCAUCGCAGGCGAACUUCAUUGUACCUGGGAAGCGGCCACUCUCGUCCAUGUCACCUACCAUCAUAGUCGAUCGCAAUCGCGACGUUCGCAUGGUGGCUGGUGGAGCAGGUGGAUCAAAGAUUACCACUUCGGUGCUUUUGCUCAUUGUACGCACGUUCUACUUCAAACAGAGCUUCUGCGAUGCCAUAAACGCUCCCAGAAUUCACCAUCAAUUAGCGCCCAUGCAGGUGGACUACGAAAAAGAGUUUGAUAAGACCCUCAUCGCAGGGUUGGCAUCACGCGGGCACAAGGUAGUCGAGUCCAGUGCGAGCUCUGGGUUUGCGGCCUUGACAGCUAUUAUGAAGCGUGGUAACCAAAUUUCGGCUGCAUACGAUCGUCGUAGAGCUGGGAGCGUCGCGAUACGCCCUCGCACAGAUGGUCUUGGCAACUGUUACUGA